UGUGGAUCGAAUGGACGAAUUGGAAGCUUCAAACGAGAACUAUAUACUCCCCAAGUAACAAUCCACUGAACUUUUUUCCUGGGAAACUGGAAGGGAAAUCAACGAGGAAAAUUCAGCUCGAAGAAGUGAUUAGAGUUUAGCAAUAAGGAUAACAAAUGGCGUGCAGGUCGGCUUUGCGUUCAGUGUUCGCAACAGAGCAACCAUGGAGACCAUUCCAACAGACUCGCCGUCUCUGCUGUUUCCCUCAGACGACGACAACCCUCGAGCGCAGAAAACCGAUUUGCGCCUUGUGCAGAAGUGUAAGAGCCCGUCGAUUUCACUCCGUCGUACCAUGCCGUUCGAAUUUCUCGAAUAACGGCGGCGUUCCUGUGCCGGAAGACGACGACCAGGAGCAGGGGCCGCCGCAAGAAGCCGUCUUGAAGGCUAUCUCAGAGCUAUCAAAAACAGAAGGGAGAGUGGGGCAAACUACGAAUGUGGUUAUUGGAGGGACAGUAGCUGAUGAUUCCUCGGAAGAAUGGCUUGAUUUAGAUAAGAAGGUAAAUACAUAUCCUACUGUUAGAGGGUUUACUGCCAUUGGAACUGGAGGUGAUGAUUUUGUUCAAGCUAUGGUUGUUGCCGUGGAAUCUGUAAUCCAACAGCCUAUUCCCGAGGUUCGUAUAUGUUUGCCUUUGGGUCGAGUGAGGCAGAAAGUAUCAUCAAGGGGCAAAUAUGUGUCUGUCAACAUCGGGCCGGUUCAAGUGGUUUCAAGCGAGCAGGUCCAAGCUGUAUACAAUGCCAUGCGCAGAGACGAUCGAAUGAAAUACUUUUUAUAGAUGUACGCGGAAUCCAUUUUGUCCUUCUGUAUAGAAUGCUGAUCUCGUUGUGAUUCCGUUGAGAACUUAGUUGUUGUACCUUUUUUCCCAAGUUAGUACUGUUCUUUGUUCACCAGACCAGUUCUAUCAGUCACCAUCCAUUUGCAUAUCCUUCCGGCUCUCAGUUUCGAUAAUACAUCUCCCUCAUCUGACGGUUCCUCGCGUUUAGAGAAAUGGUUCCCGAUCGACUACAUUUUCCUACAUGAAACGUUCCCCAGCAGUCAUUUGUAUUGCGAAAUUCUUCAUUUUUGCUGAAAUAUGAGUAAUAGACAACUCUUCUGGUUCUGAAUCACUUAUAAGCGCCCAUUGCAUAGUGCUUUUUGCUGCAAACUGCUAUCUGUUUUGCACUCGUAAUGCACAACUUGAGAUGAUUCCAUUGAAGUAGGUUGAGAUUAUCAUCAUCCCCAUUAGAAA